AUGGCUUCCUCCUCGUCCUCAAGGUUGCUCGCGACGGCGGUGCUGACGGCGCUGUUCGCCGGCGCGAUGAGCGUCGUGAAGGUGUCCUUCACGGUGGAGAAGGGGUCUGACGCCAAGAAGCUGGUGCUCGAAAUCGAUUACACCGGACCAGGCGAUAACCUCGCGGAGGUGGAGCUCCGGCAGUACGGCUCGGAGGAGUGGCAACCAUUGACCAAGAAGGGUGACCUCUGGGAGGUCUCGUGUAGCAAGGCGCUCGUUGACCCCUUCAACUUACGCUUCUUGUCCAAGAAUGGCAUGAGGAACGUCUUCGACCAAGUCUUCUCCACCGAUUUCCAGAUCGGCAAAACCUACGCCUCGGAAGAGUGA